CUUACUACUAAACCCACAACCUUCAUUGCCUAAAAUAUUUUCUUCAGUUUCACCAAUUUCCCUCACAUUCUAACCUAAUUUCUUGCGUUCCAAUCCAAAAUCCUAAUUGCAUCUUUCAUCACCUUAAAGCAACUACAUUUCAUUUGUAUUAUUAGCGCGCUAACCCUUUGAAGUACUUCAAAUUUUGGGUACUUCUUUAGUCGGAAUAACUCAAAUGGACCGAGUAGCAAAGUUGGCGUCACAGAAGGCUGUGGUGAUCUUCAGUAAGAGCUCAUGCUGCAUGUCCCAUGCAAUCAAGAGACUAUUCUAUGAACAAGGCGUAAGCCCUGCAAUCUACGAGCUCGAUGAGGAGUCGAGAGGGAAGGAGAUGGAGUGGGCUCUGAUGAGACUAGGGUGCCAACCGUCAGUGCCGGCGGUGUUCAUUGGGGGUAAAUUUGUAGGAUCUGCCAACACAAUCAUGACCCUUCAUCUUAACGGCACCCUAAAGAAGUUGCUAAAAGAUGCCGGAGCUCUAUGGCUGUAGUCCGGCCUAUUCCGUGCAUGGGCGAUCAGGCUCUAGCUGCUAAGAGUACUACUUUAUGUCCCUAAAAUAAUACUUGAGGUUUUAACUCUUUUGUA